UUUUCAAGACAGGCGUGAGGCGUGGCGAUAACUGUGAACUGGACAUAGCCACUGACCACUGUUCAGUAGUUGCUAGUCAGUAGUCAGUACUCUCAGCAGCUGCUUGAUACCUACUCACUACUCAGUACUUACUCACUAGUCUGCACUCUGCAGUAGGUACCUAGUCAACAGACAUCCUAAAACAAUGCCUUUGGCCAACAUAACUCGCGUUGAGAAGUUUAGCUCCUGUCACCGGCUCCACAGCAACAAUUUAAGUGAUGAAGAAAAUAUAAACAUUUUUGGUAAAUGUAACAAUAAAAAUGGUCACGGACAUAAUUAUAAAGUUGAAGUUACAGUUAAGGGCCUAAUCGAUGAAAACACUGGCAUGGUUAUGAACGUUUCUGAUCUAAAAAAAUAUAUAGACAUUGCUGUAAUGGACCCAUUGGAUCAUAAAAAUCUGGAUAUGGAUGUACCUUACUUUAAAAAUCAUGUUAGUACGACUGAGAACGUAGCAAUUUUUAUAUGGCAAAGUUUAAAAGAUGUUAUGCAUAAUCCUAAUUUGUUGUAUAAAGUUAAAUUAUUUGAAACUGAUAAAAAUAUUGUUGUUUAUAAAGGGGAAUAAUUUAUUUAUUUUUGAGUAAAUACUUCCUGGUGGCUGUUUUAAUAACAAUUGUAUUUUUAUAAAAUUGUAUUUGUAGUUUAAUGAGGAAAUGUAUUUUUAUCAAUAUAAAAAAUAAUUGUAUUUACUGUUUUCAUAUUCAAUUUCUUUAGAUCAUGUACAAUUAAAUGUAUUUAGAUUUUGUAUUAUAAUAUGAUUUACACGUGAGCUUAAAAUCAAAAUGAAAUAUAAUGUUCAAAAAAAUAAUCAACAAAACUUUAUUGUAUUACAAAUAACGUAUAAGAUUACUUUAAUGAGAAAACCAUUUUAUUAGAUUCCUAGAAAUUUUCAAAAAAUUACUUUUAGAAAAUGAAAUUGAAUGUUUUGUCUACAACACCUUGAAUACUUUUUUUGGAUCAGUUAAUAAACGUUAAGUAGAAUAUUUUACUGAAGUUGGUCCACGCUACUCAUAUUUUUUUACGUUGCAGAUAUGGGGGGGGGGGUAUAUGCUGUGUAAUGAAUAUAAUA